GCCGCUGACCGCCGCGACGUCACACCGGCCGCGCCGUCGCCGAUCGAUUCCCUUCGGACAUCUUGGACAACACCGUCCACCACCUCCUUUUUUCUCAGGGCGAGCGAUGUAGUAGGCCGCGAUGCAUAUAACGUCAAGCCUGUCUCCGGCGUCCGGCGAGAUGCUGGACACGGCGUCGCUCAAUUUUUACGGAGAUGCAGGAGACCAGUAUGGGACGACGUACUUCGCUGUGGACCACACGGUCCCGGAGUCGUCCCACACAGUUGAGAUAGAGUAUGUGUACGAGCAGCCAGAUACCUAUGCCAUCAACCAAGAAGAUAUAGAAACAGAUGUGCCUCAGAGUGAACAAGUCGUUGCGGCUGAUCAAGUUGAAUACUCUAAAAAGAUUCACAGCAAACACAAGCCUAACAAGAUGGUUGUAGACGAGGAGCCGGAGGCUGAUCUCACGAAUUUGACGUGGUUGCAGAAUAUUACAAACAUAAUGUCGGUGCCGCAGUUUCCGAUACCUCCCGUUUCGCCGGCUCCGCAGGUGAAGGUACAGCCGCAGAACACGAGGUUACAGAAGUUUAAUCAGACAAUAGCGAAGUGUCAGAAGGACUUUACUGAGAACAAGCAUGAGUAUAGGACAAACAGUGAAAAGAAGCCGCCGUACUCGUACAGCACGCUGAUCUGCAUGGCGAUGAGGUACAACAACGACAAGAUGACGCUCUCCGCGAUAUACUCGUGGAUCAGGGAGAAUUUCAAGUUCUACAGGAACGCCGACCCCACCUGGCAGAAUUCCAUCAGACACAACCUGUCUCUAAACAAAGUGUUUGUGAAAGUAGCUCGAUCAAAACACGAGCCGGGGAAAGGAGGCUUUUGGAAACUCGAUCUCGCACAUUUAGAAGGAACCAAACGAAUCUCAAAUAGACCUCAUAAGAAGAAGAAAUCAGCAUCCAAGGAAAAAGCCACAGAGGAAAAAACUGCAGUCGCCAACAUUCCGCAGGUCAAUGCGGUAGAAGAAAUGUCUAAUGAAAUAAAUCAGGCUGUGAUGCUGCACUUACCUGAUUUCAAUAUUGGGAGCAUUCAAAGUCUUCCUGACAUUGAUCUAGAGACGAAUAUCGGAGCUAAUGUGAUUGUGGAGCCGGCUGUGCCACCUCCUUUGAUGCCCGAAGAUGACCUGUCGUCCUUACUCCUCAACCCUACGGAGUGGAACGACCUACAACUAGACAUGUUGGAUAAUUACCUGGACUCAUGUUUCGAGUAAGUUUUUAAGCAUUUGUUGUUAGUCGUAUCUGUUCCAAUUCGAUGUUAGUGAGUGUAUAGUUUCGUUUUAAUAGUCGAUGAUAAUUUCAAAAACUGGUGUAUUUCGUAGUUGUCCAAUUUUCUAUAGUGACUGCGACAUGAACUGUUUGUGCUUUUCCCGGGAAACUAAUCUAUAAUUUUUAGUGUGCCUUUAAAUAUGAACAAAAUUAACGAUAGAAACAGUAGAAUUUAUGAAAGCCGUCCUUAAUUAAACAUAUAAAUAUACAUGACUAAAUAGGAGAAAAAAUUAAUAUUUAUAAAUGUAACGUCGUCGUCAGUAUUCUGUGUUAACAGACAGUAUUACCCUUCACGUUUUCUAUCAACUGGAUGUGAAUAAAUUUUAUAUUUAUCUCAUUUUGUACAAGAUAAAUAAUUUAGUCUAGUCAAUAAAAGGCUUUUGCGAAAGAUUAGGUAGGAAUUUUAAUGUUGAAUUUGUUUUAUAUACGUAAAAUGUAGGGAGUCGUGAAUUCAUCUUAAGAAACACUAUUAUUAAAGGUUUAAUUCAAUGUGUUUAAAAAAGUCAAUAGAGUAUAGAUUUUUAUUAUUUAAACAUAUCAUUGUGUCGUACAAACACCAGAAUCGAUAUCCUAAACAGUAAUAGGAUUAAAUUGUGUUAUUUAGGUUUUUUAUCUAAUAAUAGUAUUUAAGGCACAAUUUAUUAAACGAAGCCGUCCUGGACUUACUAUAUAGACACACUAUCGUAACUAUUAUAUUAAAACAGGUAUAAAUACCUAAAUAAAUAUAUAAAUUCAUAAUUGCUGUCGGGGUAAAAAUAUCCACUUAUUAAAUAUUUGUGUCUGUAGUCAUUUAAAUUAAUAUGGUCCUUAGUAAAAUAUCAUAAUGAAGUUAUAAAGAUUAAAUAACAGUGUCUUUAGUUAAAAUAUGCUAGAUACUUACAUACUUAACCUCACGCCUGUCUCUCGGGUAGGCAGAGACUAUGAAUCGCCAAUUACUACAAUUACAAAUUUGCAAAAUCUUAUUAUUAAAUCUGGUGAUUCUGAAAAUCAAUAGUUUGUUAAUUACAAUGAGUUAUUCAUUAUAAGAAUUAAAAUUGUGGUUACAGAGGUAUGAAAUACUUCAAAACUAAUUGUCUCAAAAUUGAUAAUUUUGCUCAAUCAAAGCUCAGUUGUUUGCCUAAUAAAUUGGGUUACAAAUAACAUGACAGUAUUAUAAAACGUAUGCACAAACAAUUUGUAGCAAUCUAUUUACUUGCUAGAUUGUAAAUCUAUGCGUUGUAGAGUUAACAACUAAGAAUGAACUUGAAACCUCCCGGUUUGAAAGUCGGUUAAAAAUAAAACAAUUAACUGAUUACAUGAAUCGAUAAGUAACUAUGGUGGUAAGUCAUUAAUAUUGGUCAGCAUUCAGUGGGUUAGUCAUAAAAUUAUUGAUUUUUCUUACAUGAGAACAUUUAAAAGCCAUUUAUGCAAUGUCUGUGUGAAGGACAAGAAUUAUAUUUUAAUGCUUUAAAAUAUA